CAACAAACCAUCUGUCGGUUAAGGUCGGUUUACAUCGUGUUGCGAUGACAGCGCCAAAAAGCAUGAGAGUGGGCAAAACAGUGCAUACAUCAGCAUAAAACGACAACAUGGAUGAAAAUAGUUGGCUGCAACGAUUCAAGCGCGCCUGUGCAGAUCUCCAUGAUUCGAAAGUGAAAACCAGAAAACAAGGUUUUGAGAACCUCUCCACACUACUAGAGAAUCCCAAUCUAAUUAAACAACUCAACGAUAAUGUAGACGAGUGGAAUGAGGCUUUUACAUCCAUCAAAACCCUUUUGUACAAGGAAAUGACAAAACUUGAAGAAGAAUUGCGGAAAAAAGGCAAAGAAGGUGCACGAUCCAGUGCAUUCGCUUGUGAAUCCAGAGAUUUAUUACAUUCAGUAGUAAAAAAUGCCAACAACAAACGUGGUAUUAUUAACUUUAACGAUUACUAUCGUUAUCUAAAAGAUUGCAAAAACAAUCAGCAUUUUAAAAAACACUGUCUGGAGUCUUGUUUAUCAGUCUUUGAGCAUUCUUUCCUAAUGAUUGAUUCCUAUUGGGAUCAGUUCGUUUUCGAAGAAAUUAUUUCGAUGAAGAACUUAUUCAAAGCUUUGCACGAAGAAAAUCCGUCAUCCAAAGCCCUAAGAUGUUACAAUGCUGUAUUACUCAAAGGUGCCGAUUAUAAAUUACCUUUGUCUAUAAUCAAACAAGAAAUUGUGUUUGUGCGUUCAGUCAUAUCCGAACUACAUAGUGCUGUGCGAUGGUUGCUUGAAUCUUCUGCGCAAUUGUUUUUAAUUUUUUGUCAGACUUGCGGAGCAAGUUAUAGACAAUUAUGCACAACCGAAGGGGAAAAUGCUUUGUGUUACUUGUUUAGUUUUUAUAAUCCACACGACAGCAUUUCUAUAUACAAGACUACUCUAAUGGAAAUAAUGCUUCUUCAACUGGAGUAUCAUGAAGGAAUCGAUGCUACUCCUCGUUGGGGUGAAGCCUUAUUACUCAUGGGCAAAUUAAUAAAAAGCAGCAUUGAUUUGAAUGACACUUUAGUGUUCACAGAUGGCAGUGCAGGCGUUAAGUUUAAUGAAAAUUUAAUUCAAGUUGUUUUGGGUUGUUAUAAACAAAGCUACGAUGCGCAUUUGUUAAGCGGGGAGGAACCAGACGCCAAACGAGCGAGAAAAGAUGCAACUUUUAUGGAGAUAUUUAAUAAUAUCGAAAUUAAUAUUGAACAACAAUGGAUUUUAUUAUUUUCGUUUAUUUUGGAGAAAUAUCCAUCAACUAUAUCAGAAUCUUACUUCCGGAGACUCCUAACCUGUUUUUCCAACUAUGUGAAAGACAGCAAGUCGAUGAUAACACGCGGUUAUGUUUUUAAAUGUUUAUCAGCACUCAUAGGCGUUGAAGAGCAUUUAUCCGCUAAUAAUGAUGAUUAUAUUUCUACAACAAGCGAAUGGUUACUGGCUUAUGACUCAGCAAUACGGACAAUUGGUCUGAAUCAAAAUGCAACCGAGAGCCAUCAAUUGGUGCAAUUAAUAUUAAAAAUCAAAAAACAUUCAAUUCUAUCACCUGAAGAUGAUGCAAAGCUCUGGACGCUUUAUAAGUCACAUACGAUACAAAUAAGCGAACACAGCUUGAAAACAUUCCACACUUUUGCCAGUUAUCAUGGUUUGGGUGAUAAUAGUCAAGAGUUCAAGAGCUCCAUGAUUAAUUUCAUCCUACAAACUGACAUUUCUCAUGAACGACGGAAAUAUUCACACUUUUCCUAUGCGAUUUCAUCCGAAGUUGUAGUAAACUUAACUUUCAAGUACUACACCAACGCGGAAUCAACACUAUCGGUAUCAAUCCUCAAUAUUUUGACUUAUAAUCAUCUUUUGAGUCAAUUAAACAUGAUUAUAAAUCAAGUCAUGCAGAAAAACACAAAUGACUAUGAUGUGUAUCUAAAUUGCUUACAUUUACUUGUUGGAUUGAUGUUUUACUAUCAGAAAUUCAACACCAAUGCAACGAAUUUGAUGAAAAUCUCAGUGCCAAUCAUUCAAACAACCUGGCAGAAGAUGAUUACGUUUUUUGGGACAUUUGGUAAUUUUACAGCGCGAAAAAUCACCGAUACAAUGAAUCUGUUCCAUUCCAUACUCAAAAUGGAUGAAAACUUAGGCGUAAUCAAGAAAACCAUCGAUAUGUCGUUUAUUGAGAGUUUGGUUGACGCACAAUGCGAUUUGGACUCAGAAUCCACCAAUUUAGAAGACCUGAAAGUAAAACUCAAACUGUUAAUCGUCAAAAUAUUAACAGUAUUCGCUAUAAAAGCAGAAACAGAAGAACAGAAAACCGUACAAUUGAUGUUGUAUGAAUUCGACGAUUUUGAUCCUUGUAAUGACGUUGAUUAUCAACAAGCGAUGAUUAUCUUGGAAGGAAUCGCAAGUGAGAAUUGCCAGUUGGAUAUACCGAGUGUAACAGCAAUUCUUAUACUUUUAAAGAAGAUCUGCAAUCGGAGAUUCCAGGAAUACAAUGUUUGUAUUGAUGUGUUACGUGCCUUACGAAACGCUUUCUUCCACUUGAUACGUAUGGAUGACUUGACAGGUUUGCUAAAGAAUGAUUUCAUGGGUAUUUUCAAAACUUUGCAUCACGUGCGUCGGAAUUACGGCUACAAAGUUGAACUUGCUUUGGUCAAUUGCAUCGAUUGUUUACUGCAGGGUAAAACAUCUUUAACUUGGGCCAAGUAUAAUGAUGAAUUUAUGGUUGGAUUGUUACCAUAUUACUUGGAAAGUGAGUCUUUGACUGUUCAACAGCAAGCUAUCAAAACAAUUUCGCUAGUUUUUGAGCAUGCAUCGAAUAAUUCCGAAACAGAUCGUUUUAAAUCACAAAUCUUUAAGAAAAUCUUAGAAAAGUUUGAUUCUUUAUUACCUGGUGAUGAUAGUGACUUAUUGGUUAACUUCCACCAGAUUGUUUUGCAACUUUUGACUAAUAUUACAAUCUCUGCAAGAGGUACAAAGUUUACGAAGAAAGCUUUGUGUGAAUUGUUUGUACGAAGCAAAACAUACAACAUACCAAUUGAAAAAGUCAUUGUUGAGGUUAAAAGACUUGAAAAUAAUCAAAUUGAUAUAAAUUCACAUAUUAAUAUGAUUUUACAACGUUGGUGUGGAAAAUAUUCCAUUCUUGAGUUUCCUUACACACUCUGUAUGUACAACACAACAAAAACUUUUUAUUUGGAUAAUUUAUCAGUGAUUAUACCAAUGGUACUUAAGUCGAGUGAUGAAGAAACACUUGAAGUGAUCUGUAAAGAUAUUGGGAAGACCAUGAGUGAAGUAAUCGAAGAAUGUUAUCCAAAAUUUCUGGCUUCAAGUCUUAUCGAACAAACUUUAGAUAGUAAUAAACCUAAUAAUAAAACAAUGAACGAUUCAACAAUGACAGGUCUCACUCAAGUUAAGAUAGAUCAAUUACUUUCAUCUGAGAAAGGUAAACAACUCACAAAGAAUAGUAUCGAUGAUAUUAUCAUUGAAAUAGCAAGAUAUGUGCAUGAUCCUGUUCACUUCGAGCAGUUUUUCAAUUUUAACAUUUGUCUUGCGCAACCUGAAGGUGUUUUCAUAACAUAUGCGGUUUUUAUAGAGGAUAUUAUGAGUUUAUUGACUGCAGAGUUGUCUUGUAAUGUUGUCAGGUAUUUAAUGGAGAAGAAACCUAGUAAACUGCAGCAGAUUUUGUUGAAAUUGAAGUAUAACAUUUGGGAGAAACCAAAUGCUGAAGAUAAGUUGAUAGAGUUCUAUAGAUACGCCAUCAUUGUGCAGUAUUUGUUGGAACAUGAAAGUAUUAAAAAUUUUGUUAUGUUUAUCCUGCGGGAUGUGAUUUAUGCGAAUAUCAACUUGAUCAAACACGAAGAAGUGUUGAUUCAAACGCUAGCGAUGAAAUAUCUAUCGAAAUUCAUUGAAAUUGUUAUCCCGAAGUAUACAAAACAUUUCGCUGAGUUUAUUAUUGUGAUUUGUUCUUGUAUGAUGCCGCAUGCCAUACAGGGGAAUACAGAUGCACUGAAUGUGUUGAGAGCGAUUAUUUUCUCGAAUAAUGAGAAUAUUAACAAUCAUCUACAGUAUUUGGAUCCGCUUCCAGAGGAUAAUGAACAUCUAUAUGAUCUUAGAGAAAGACAUAUUAAAUUCCGCAUGAAAAACAACAGUUUAGAGAAUGAAAUCAUUUUGUUUUUGGUUGGGAAACAGUUUAAAGACUCUAGAACAGAGGGCUUGAAAUAUCUCAGAGAAAAGUUGAAGAAUAACGUCAAAGGACUUAAGAAUAUUUACUUAAAACUACAUGAAAUGCGUGGGAUAUUAUCUAAAGAUAGUAUUUUACAUUCGUUGAUCACUACGCUUGUUGUUUUGGUGAAAUCUAAGGAUGAAGAAGAAUCAAUGGAAGCUGUGAAAGUCCUGGGAAUUUUGGGUGCUAGUGAUUUGACUACAAUGGUUUUGAAAUCCGAGGAUGUUGUGCAGACUAAAGAUUGUUCUUGGUAUUUGUUUACGACGAAAAUCUUAGAAUUAUUAAGCGGGUUUUUGGUGGAUAAAAAUCUUGAGGUUGCGCAAUCAGCUUCCAAAGCUUUACAUGCUAUUUUAUCAACUGAAGAAGGACGUAAUAUUAUUAAAAACGAGUCGGUUUUUGCCACAACGCGCGGAUUUUUCCUACCGUUUAUUUCAAGAGGAUCUGGGAAAGCGCAAAGUUUGUUAUCUGUUUCACCACAGAUGUAUAACGAGACUUUAUGUGAUGAAGAGCUGUGGUGUCCUGAAAGAAGCACGCAUGAAGAAUGGAUCAAGGCUUUGGUUAUGAAAAUAUUAGAAGGAUUCACUCAUCAUGUUAUGAAAUGUUUGAUACCGAUUGUUUGUAAAAAAGCAUCGUUUGCUGAGGAGUUAUUUCCGUUUUUGAUUCAUUUGUUGAUGGAUACAACACCACGAGUUAAGAAUUUAGUCGGGGUGUGUAUUAAGAGUUUCUUUGAGCAACAUUGGAGUCUGCAAUGUCAAGGAAAUGAAGAAAAUACUCUACAGAACUUUUAUUCUGUUGCAAUGAAUAUUUCUUCGAUUAGAUGUAUAUUGAAUACAAUUCAUUUUGUAAGAUUACAACGUUUGUGCGAUAAAAGAGGAAAAUAUCAAGAGUUGGAAAUGGAUUUGAACUAUCUACAUGUUGCAAAGGCUGCAGAAUAUUGUUCUGCGCACUUUUCUGCAUUGAUGUACUCUGAAAAGUGGUACCACGCCGCCAUGGACAACGCAGAUAUUCAUCCGGCAUAUUAUGGUCUAUCACCAAUCAGUCUCCUUGAUGAAAUUGGUGCGGAAACAUCACAAUUACGCUUUAUUUUAACUCAGGCUUAUAAAGGUAUAGGCGAUAACUAUGCCUUGUUUGGAGGACAUUUAGAUGACAUUUUUAACGCAUAUGGCGCUGAUAACUCCAAAGUCACCGAAAAUAACCAAGAUUUUCAACUUUUGCAUCGUGACAUGGCCCUGGCCGAAAGUGCAGUUAUGUCAAGCAUAAUGACGUCUGCACUUAAAAUGUACGCACUAUACAACCUAGCAAUAAGUACAGCAAAUCAACAUAAUGAUUACGGAGACGCUUAUUAUGAAUGCAUGUGGCGACUAUCACAAUGGGACCUACCUAAUCACGUUCCAAGUUCAAAUAGUUUUGAAUUCAACAUUUACACACUUCUAAAUGCGGUGAAUGAUGAUGAUAAGACAAUGUUUGAUUCUUGUGUGAAGAAAACACGACUUCAAGUUGCGCAAUCAUUGAAAACCGUUAGUUUAGAAAGUUGUAAAACCCUCUAUGGUCCGCUAUCCCAAUUGGAACGGUUACAAGAAUUGGAGGAUAUUUUCACCACUGCCAAGGAAAAUGGCGACCUUAAGUUGUUAAUCGAUGAAUUUAAAGUGCGUGAUGAGAUUCGCACGGAUUAUCAAUAUUUUGAGCCAAGAAUCGCGCAAAGAAUCGAAGCGAUUAAUUUACUACAAAAGCGAGAAUUUGAAGGUGCUAGUAAUACUUAUGUUGAGAUGAGUUUAAACUUUGCGGAUAUAUCUCGUAAGCAUGGAAAUCUUCAGGUAUCGAAACGCAUUCUCAGCAAGUUUGCAAAUCUUGAUGAUUCUGAAGUUAAAGCGAAAGUUGCACUGUUAGACGCGCAGAUUCACUGGAAGAUGGGACAGAGUUCAAGUAUUAACAAACUUAAAAAGUUACUUAAGUCAUACGGGAAUAAAACUAAACUACGGUCGACCAUUUUGAAAUUGUGCGGGGAAUGGAUGGUGGAGAAUCAUUCAGAGUUCCCACAGAAAAUAUUAACUGAAUAUUUUCUUCCCUGUGUUGAUAUUUUAAACAGUUUGAAUACAAACAACCAAAAUGAGUUUGAUAUGUUGCAUGACGUUUAUAAAACACUUGCUAAGUUUGCAGAUGAAGAAUAUCAACAUAUAAGUAGAAGUAUAAAAUCGCCUGAAUUUGAACGCAAAGUUGCUUCCAUGAAUAAAAUGAAAGAAUGUGCGAAGAAACUGCAAACUUUACAAGCACCCGCUCAUGAUAUCAAAAAAGCAAUCAUUACUUACGAAAGAAUGACGAAUAUCGACGCCAUUGAUGUCAAAACAAAAUAUGUUGAGCGUGAAACAUUCCUGAAAGUUGCUAUGAAAUACUACUUGUAUAACAUGAAGUAUAGUCAGCAUGUACAAAUGGAAAUCUUCCGCAUCUUUUCACUUUGGUUAGAGAACAAAACCAACGAAGCGGUCAUCACCGAAAUUGAGCUAAAUCUAUUGGAAGUUGAAAGUUACAAGGUUUUAACUAUUCUACCGCAACUUGUACCGCAUAUUUCUACAGAAAACGAUAGAUUUUCAACUUGCAUCACACAACUAAUCGAAAAAUGCGCUAAAGAACAUCCACACCACGCGAUUCCUUUGAUUCUCUCCGUUGCGAAUACAAAUCUAGAUGAUAAUUAUUCAAAAGAAAACGCUAAAACCUCCUCGAAUGAAUCGCGAAUUCGUGGUGCGAAAAACCUAAUCACCAAGUUGCGUAACAUAGAUAAAUAUAAAGUAAUCAUCGAAGAAAACGAGAAAAUGGCCGCGGCAUUCAUCGAAUUGGCUUAUUACAAAGUCAAAGCAGAUAAAAAUGCCGCCGUAAAGAUCCCUAGAUCAUAUAAAAUCAAUAACAUUAAAGAAUUUGUCAACACUUUGGUGCCCACAUACAAUUUAGCAUACAGACCAAACUUAAACUACGCAAACAUCGUCGGUAUAAGUAAAUUCAAACAAGAAUUCCGAGCUGUCGGAGGUGUAAACGCCCCAAAACGUCUAGAAUGUCUCGGAACAGACGGAAAUCUACGUUAUAUCCUUGUAAAAGGACAAGAUGACAUCCGUCAGGACGCUGUAAUGCAACAAGUCUUCCUGAUAAUGAACGAAAUACUCCGGGGAAACAAAGAGACUGUUAACUUUAAAAUUAGAACUUAUAAAGUCGUCCCACUGUCAAAACGCAGCGGUAUCUUGGAAUGGGUGGAUGAUACAAUGCCCAUUGGUCAAUAUCUUGCCGAAGCACACAGUCAUUAUCAUCCUCGUGAUAAGAAACUUGAUCGUGCACGUAUAGAGAUCAAAGAUGCAGUGAGUAGUGGCCCGAAACAACGCCUGAAGACUUAUUUGGAUAUUUGUGAGAGAAUCCAUCCCGUUUUUCAUAAAUUUUUCGAAACAAACUUCCUGGAACCUACUGUAUGGUAUGAAAAGCGUCGAGCGUAUACACAGAGUGUUGCCACAAGCAGUAUGUGUGGAUAUGUGCUUGGAAUCGGUGAUAGACACGUGCACAAUAUUCUGAUUGAUACGAAUACUGCGGAAGUUGUGCAUAUUGACUUUGGGAUUGCGUUUGAACAAGGCCGGAUUCUACCCACACCGGAAACAGUGCCUUUUAGGUUAACUAGGGAUAUUGUUGAUGGUAUGGGUAUCUGUGGAGUUGAGGGUACAUUCCGCAGGACAUGUGAAAGAACAAUGGAGGCUCUACGAAGAAAUGCCAUCACUAUUCAGACGAUUGUAGAGGUUUUACUCUAUGAUCCGCUGUAUGAUUGGUCUAUAUCCCCUACGCAAGCUUACAGUAAGCAAAUGGAUGAAGAUAGUCGGAAUGACAGUGAAUUCUUUACUCCUGAAGAUGAUGUCCAGAUGAAUGUGUCCGCCGAGCGUGCGCUUGUGAGGUUAAAACACAAACUCAUUGGUGUUGAGUCAGGUAACAACACAAAUGUCGAAACACAAGUUGAUAGAUUGAUUCAACAAGCGAGGGAACCGUCGAAUCUUUCGAAAUUGUUUUAUGGAUGGCAAGCAUUCCUAUAAUGUUUAUACUUACACGUUAUAUUUAUACUGAAUUAAAUUUUGUGUUAUUUUCCUAGUA